AUGACAAGUCAUCAAAGUGGUCUCUCAUCAAAUCAAGCAAAACAAAGCACAGAUCCUCAUAGUAAUGGUACAGAAGGCAAUGAUCAAUUAAUAAGUGGAUCACGUAGAGGCUCAAAUACUUCAGGACAAAGUAAAGAUGAUCUAGGUGCAGGUGCUGGUAGUGGUUCAUCUAGUCUCGGUGAAAGUGGUACAUAUGUUUCAGACAAUCCAAGUCAAAGUUGCUAA